AGAGAGAGAAAUGGGGAGGGUUCGGGGAGCUUGCCGAUGGCGCACAAUGUGACUGGUGACAAUCCCUUGCUUCGCAAAGAGGAUGAGAGAGACAGACAGAGAGAUGUAGGGGAGAGUGGAAGAUAAACACAAACAUGCACAGGCAGGGAUGUGAGGAAGGAGCUCACGCACACCUCUCCUGAUUCAGCGAAACGGAUUUAUUCGUCACCUCACCCCCUGCAGCCUUUUACGCAGCGAGCCUGCUGCAAAACACACAGGGCAAUCCUAAAGCGAGCAGCAAUCAUCAGCCCUCUGCGUGGAUUAUCAGCUCUGUUACAACUCUCUUUCAGUAACUGGGUUUUCGCCCGCCGCAGCUGAGAUCCAACCAGCGGAGAGCGCAGAGGAUGGAGAAACUACAGAGAGACUGCUGCAUUGAGGAUGCGCCAACAGGGAAGCUGCGGGACAAAUAGGAAACCUAAACGAAGAGCUGUGUUACUGCACGUCUAUCUUGGGGAGCUCCCCCUCCAGCAGGGAGAUGUUCAUCAUUAUGGGAUAGAUGCACAGAUUUGAUCGUUGCUAUGGAUACAAGCACGCGUAAAUUUACAGUGCGGAGAUGGUUUUCCAUCUACCUGAAGAACAAGGCAGCGCGGAACAAGAACAGCGCAGGGUUCUGUCAGCUGGAGGAUGACAGUGUACUUAAGGAGAUUGACAUCAGCCACCAUGUUAAGGAGGGCUGUGAAAAAGCAGACCCCUCUCAGUUCCAGUUACUGAAGGUACUGGGACAAGGAUCCUAUGGAAAGGUGUUCCUGGUUAGAAAGAUCAGAGGAGUGGACAGAGGACAGCUCUACGCCAUGAAGGUCCUGAAAAAAGCUACUCUAAAAGUACGGGAUCGAGUGCGAUCAAAGAUGGAAAGAGACAUUCUGGCAGAAGUUAAUCACCCAUUUAUUGUUAAACUCCACUAUGCCUUUCAGACAGAAGGAAAGCUCUAUUUGAUCCUGGACUUCCUCAGAGGAGGAGACCUUUUCACUCGUCUGUCCAAGGAGGUAAUGUUUACAGAGGAGGAUGUGAAGUUUUACCUUGCAGAGUUGGCCCUGGCCUUGGACCAUCUACACAGUCUGGGGAUAAUCUAUAGAGACCUUAAACCUGAGAAUAUUCUCUUGGACGAGGAAGGGCAUACAAAGAUCACAGACUUUGGACUGAGUAAAGAAGCCAUUGAUCAUGAUAAAAGAGCCUACUCCUUCUGUGGAACCAUUGAGUAUAUGGCCCCUGAGGUUGUAAACAGGAGAGGACACACACAAAGUGCUGACUGGUGGUCUUUUGGGGUCCUGAUGUUUGAAAUGUUGACAGGAUCUUUGCCAUUUCAAGGGAAAGAUCGAAAAGAAACAAUGGCAUUUAUUUUAAAGGCAAAGCUUGGAAUGCCACAGUUCCUCAGCCCUGAAGUGCAGAGUUUAUUAAGAGCACUCUUCAAGAGGAAUCCUGCCAACCGUUUAGGUGCCGGACCAGACGGAGUGGAAGAAAUUAAGAGACAUCGCUUCUUUGCAUCAAUUGACUGGAAUAAGCUGUUCAGAAAGGAGAUGAGGCCUCCAUUCAAACCGACUGUUGGAAGACCUGAAGACACUUUCCAUUUUGACCCUGAGUUCACCUCCAGAACACCAACAGAUUCUCCAGGGAUUCCUCCAAGUGCAAACACACACCAGCUGUUUCGUGGUUUCAGCUUUGUGGCAACUAAUCAAAACCAAGAGGCCACUGUUGCUCCUGUAGUUCCUUCCCGUCAAGAAGUGAACAUUAACCCCAUAGCGCAGCAUAUCCGCAGCGAUGUGGCAUUCAAAGAUACAUAUGAGCUGAAGGAGGAAGUCGAGCAGACAGGAGCUUUUGUCCGCAAAAGAUGUCUGCACAGAAUUACUGCUGUGGAGUAUUCAGUGAAGAUUAUUGACAGAGCCAAGAAAGAUCCAUCAGAAGAGAUUGAAAUUCUGUUACGAUAUGGACAGCAUCCAAAUAUAAUUACACUUAGAGAUGUCUUUGACGAUGGCAAGUGUGUUUUCUUGGUUCUUGAUGUAGUGCGAGGAAACGAACUGCUGGACAGAGUUUUGAGACUGCCACAUUUUACAGAGAGGGAUGCAUCAGACAUCAUUUGCACGCUGACCAAGACUGUGGAGUAUUUACACUCCCAGGGGGUUGUGCAUCGAGACCUGAAACCCAGUAACAUCCGCUAUACUGAUGAGGCUGGACUCCCAGAAUCCAUCAGGAUAUACGACUUUGGUUUUGCCAAACAGCUGCGGGCUGAAAAUGGCUUGUUGAUGACACCAUGUUACACAGCCACAUUCAUGGCUCCUGAGGUUUUAAGGAAACAGGGUUAUGAUGCAGCCUGUGACAUCUGGAGCCUGGGGAUCCUUCUCUACACAAUGAUAGCAGGUUUCAGCCCAUUUGCCAGCAGCCCUAACGACACAGCAGAGGAGAUCCUGGCUCAGAUUGGAAGUGGGAAAGUUGUCAUCACAGGAGGGAACUGGGACUUGGUGUCUGAAGCUGCCAAGGACAUAGUGAUAAAGAUGCUUCAUGUGGACCCUCACCAGCGUCUAACUGCCCCGCAGGUUCUUCGGCACCCGUGGAUUGUAGAGAAGGACCAGCUUUCUAACAGACCUCUCACCAGGCAGGAUGCCAUCAUCGUCAAGGGGGCUCUGUCUGCCACAUAUUCUGCUCUAAAGCGCUGUGCUCCUGCUCCAGUCUUGGAACCAGUGCAGUCCUCCAGUCUGGCUCAGCGAAGAGGAAUGAAAAAACUGGGCAGUUCAAGUAUCACUUCAGAACCUACAGAAAAGGAAUAACUUCAUUAUUAGAACAGAAAGUCAGUAGGCAAACUAUAGUCAUAAUAAAAACCCUGCAUUAAAAAGACCGACUCAUUCUGACAAGGACAAAUCAUGCCUAAUUAACAUUAUAUUGGCAACAAGAUUGAUUUCUGUUCACUUGGUUUUCAGUGCAGUUGUUAAACUGUAGCAAAAUGAGCUAAUGUUACACUGUGACAUAACAUUUAUUAUGUCUUCAUUGAGAGCUGGACUCUAUGAUCAUGAGUAGCUUUAGUGGAGAAGUUUUAUAGAUCCUUUGGAUCUGUCUGACCUGUCCUCUAGGCAUUUCAUACUUAAUUCAAAAACAACUCCUUGGUGCAGUAAGAAACAGCCCUUCCAGUCAUUUACAACAAACUCAUUUGACUCCAAGCAAAGCAAUUGUAAACAUUUUUGGUCAUGAAGGAAGGAAGACUUUUGUGCAAUAAACACUGUGCAAUACAUCCAGCUCAACUGGAACUGCCUUGAAUUACAUGAAACGUAAACUAAGGAGAAUAGACAGGAAAAUAAAACUGAAAAUCAAUAUUCAGUGCCACAAAGAUCAUAUCGUAGACCUUUUUUUCAUCUGUCUUUUGCUUAUAUUUUAACUUAUAAAUGUGUCACUCAUUACAAUAGCAAUAUUUUUUUUUAUUCUUCAGGAGUUUUAGAAUUUUGCAUGUAAAUGUAACAAUAUAUGUUAAUAUCCUUUAACGGAGCUAACUGAGAUAACUGUGGCACUGACUCUCAUUUCAUAAUGCUUCAUAGUAAAUCUGCAUAUAAAUCGUUGUGUGCAUAAUUUCAACAUUUCACUAACUAAGAUGUUUUACUGGUAAAUGUAUCCCUGAUCAAUUUUACUGAGCCAGCAGGAGGUAGGCAGGAAAUUGGAUGGGAUACAGUAGGUGUGUCGUACUCUUAACCCAUUUUUCUCAGCAAACAGUCCACAAAUUGCAUUGUUUAAUCAACAACGAAUGUGAGAAUCCAUUAUUGCAUUUGGCCUCUGCCAAGACUAUAGGCUUGUUUUUUUCAUUACAGUUUCAGAGCCAGAAUAUUUGAGAACCGCUGUGUUAAAUGUUUGUUUAUGCUGUUGUUUAUUGCAGUCCUGUUUGCAUUUAUUAAGAUUUAAAAGCAGAAAACACUAUUAAGAUUUAAAAGCAGAAAACACUAUUAAGAUUUAAAAGUAGAAAACACAAGACGAGAUCAUGAAAAUGCUUAGAAAAUGCAGACGUGAGUAGCACUUAUGUUGUGUUAUACAUUUACAGUGUUCUACCUUUUGCCAGAAGAAAUGAAGACCAAUGUUCCACAGUUUACAUGAAUACUGUUAGAAGCUAAAACCAAGCUAAGCAUAUUUGGUAACUACAAGGCCCUGUAGUACAUUGUGUACAUCCUAUGUUCUCCCUUGCAUAAACUAUGUUCUAUUGCUUUACACAUCUGUAACUCAUGUAGGUGGGAUUGAUGCAAUUCUUUAGGUCCACAAUAGGCGCUUUAGAUUUUAUGUAAUAUGCCCCAUGUUGGAGGUGAAGCUGUACAUAUGUUUUGCUAAUUUAGGAUGUACAUAGCGUCAUGCAAAUCCCACACUGAAGAGGUCAAAAUCUGUGUGUAUAUAUAUGCCCAGCUGUACAAUGGCUCGCAGACAUAGGGACUGUACAUUUUGUGUUUGCAUUUGUAAGGAAAGUGUAAAUAUAUUGAGAUGUUGUUCAUCCAUUGCUUAGACUGCACAGACUGUUGACCUGGUCAGACAUUGAAAUAACUGUCUAAAGGGCCAACAUUUUACAAAUAAAGUAUGUGAAAAACAAUGA